GUGUGAUCGAAGCAAUAUGUUUGGUUGAUAAUUUUCGAUACUAUAUCGCAAGUGAUUAAGCAUUAAUGUGUAUAUUUCAGUAAGUUGAUUACAAUAAUCCAGUCGAAAGUACAGUGCCCGCUUUAGUGGUCGCGGGCGGACAAGAUGGUAGCGAUAAAACUUAUAGUUUUAUCUUUAGCUUGCCUUAGUGCAGCUGCCGUAUCUCCUAUUGAGCCAGCCAAGAGGAAUACUAUAUUUGCAGAUGAACGUUUUGAAGGAGAAGUCUUCGAAAAUGUCGACGCUUUUGACAACAUUGAACUGACUCCUAGUAACAUCGGCAUUUCACCCUACAGACUGCCCACUACAACUGCACCAAUAAAAUAUGAUGUGCAUUGGAAUUUCGAAUUCACAAAUCAAAGGAUCUAUUCUGGCACAGUUGUGAUAACGCUUGUAGCAAAACAACCAAAUGUUAACCAAAUUGUCAUCCACAGUAGCCACACUGCGAAUACUGGUCCGGAGCUUAAGCAGGGAUCACAGGUGAUCCCUAUUACGGCUUCAGCUAAGGAAGAAUACCAUUUCUACAUUGUUACACUUAAUGAUGGCCAGGUCUUAGAAUAUAAUGAAGCUGUACCCGUUGAAUAUACGCUAAAAAUCGACUUUAGUGCUGAUUUUCGAACAGACAUGUAUGGUAUCUAUGAAAGUUGGUUUAGAAAUACACCUAACGAAGAAGUGCAGUGGAUGGCUACCACUCAGUUCCAAGCAACUGCAGCUCGUUUUGCAUUUCCUUGUUACGAUGAACCUAGUUUCAAAGCUAAAUUCAAUGUUAAAAUUACAACGCCAGCAGACUAUUCGAGUUGGUUCUGCACUACUGCCAAACCCUCAUCACCUCCAGCUACACCUACCCAAUUUGUGACCGUCGAGUAUAAUGAAACUCCAGUAAUGUCGACUUAUCUUCUGGCUCUGAUUGUCUCUAAACAAUAUAAGAGUAUAAGUAAUGAGAAUCCAGCAAAGUUCCACGAAGUUAUAGCAAGGCAGGGUGCAAUCGAUGCCAAGCAAGGAGAAUACGCUUUGAAGACUGGUCAAGCGCUUCUAGAUAAGAUGAGUGAGAUCACACAAUAUGACUUUUAUGAUCAACAUGCCACUCUUAAGAUGACUCAGGCCGCUAUUCCCGAUUUUGGAGCUGGAGCUAUGGAGAAUUGGGGACUGUUGACUUACAGGGAAGCGUAUCUACUGUCUGAUCCAUUGGAAACCAGCAGCCAGUUCCAACAGAUCAUCGCUUACAUUCUUUCACACGAAAUCGCUCACAUGUGGUAUGGUAAUCUUGUCACAAACGACUGGUGGGACGUUCUAUGGCUGAAUGAAGGUUUUGCAAGAUACUACCAGUACUUCUUGACUAAUGAAGUGGAGGGGAUGGGUUUUGACAUUCGUUUCGUUCCUGAGCAAGUACACACGGCUUUGCUAUCUGACUCUUCUAACAAUCCUCAUCCCCUGACCAACCCUGGUGUUGGAAGUCCCCGAUCAGUCAGUGCUAUGUUCUCGACACUCACUUACAACAAAGGUGCAGCAGUCAUCAGAAUGACAGAACAUCUCCUUACUAAACAAGUUCAUGACCAAGGUCUCGCACAAUAUUUGAAAACUAAUCAAUUCAAAACAGCUAAACCUAUAGAUCUGUUUAAUGCUCUGAGAGACGCAGGAAUGCAACAUGGCGCUUUUAACAACUAUGGCCCAACAUUCGAUUUUGUGGAAUACUACAAGAGUUGGACUGAACAGGCCGGACACCCCGUCCUAAACGUUGAUAUUAACCAUACAACGGGGCAAAUGACUAUUCAACAGCGCCGUUUUAACAUCAACACUGGGUAUUCCCUUCAAAAUACGUUAUAUGUCAUUCCUGUUACUUUUACAAGUGAAUUUGACUAUAAUUUCCAAAACACGAAACCAACACACAUUAUUAAAGACGCCGUCACUGUCAUUGACCGCGACGCUCAUGGAGAUUACUGGACUAUCUUUAAUAUUCAACAAACAGGUUUCUAUAGAGUCAACUAUGAUGAGUACACGUGGAAUUUAAUCGCCUUGGCCUUAAGAGGAGAUCAGUGGAAUAGUAACAUACACGAGUUAAACAAAGCUCAGAUUGUAAAUGAUGUGUUCUCAUUUGCUCGUGCCGGUCUUAUGAAGUAUGACCGUGCACUGCAUAUCCUGGCAUUCCUUGCUAGAGAAACCGAUUACGCUCCAUGGGCUGCGGCUAUUACUGGCUUCAAUUGGCUUAGAAACAGACUCGCUGGACACCCGUUGGAAGCAAAUCUCAAUAAUUUGAUUCGUGCUUGGGCAAAGAAAGCGAUGGACGAACUUACUUAUGAACCGGCUAGUGACGCGACAUUUAUGGACAGAUACUUCCGAUUCCAACUUGCUCCAUUGAUGUGCAACGUGGGAGAUACGGAAUGCAGAGAGAAAGCCAAGACAUUCUUUGACGGUCUUAAAGCGACCCCUUCAGUGUCUGUGGACAGAGACAACCGUAACUGGGUCUACUGCAAUGGUCUUCGCCAAGGUACUCCAGCUGACUUCGAUUUCUUGUGGGACAGAUUCUCAAAAGAGAAUCUCUACACAGAGAAAAUUGUACUUCUUCAGAUUCUUGGUUGCACUCCUCACAAGGAGUCGCUUGAAAAAUACUUAAACGCGAUCCUUCGAGCACCUAAUACCGUCCGUCCUCAAGAUUACAACACCGCUAUCAAUUCAGCUGUCUCAGGCAAUGAAGCCAAUACACAGAUUGUCCUCGAUUAUUUCAAGGUGUCCGACAACUUGCAAUCUCUGCGUACAGCAUACAAUAAUGAUUUGAGGACUCCACUGUCUUACAUCAGCUCCAGAUUGAGGACCGCAGCCCAAGUCGAGGAUUUCAAAACAUGGGUGAAUGGUCAGACAAACUUAGAAUAUCGGGACGACAUCAUCGCGGGAGCGGACGACACACUUGAAAGCUUUAAAUUCGUCGAAAGUAUCUCUAGUUAUUUGGAGGAUUACUUUACUGGCACAGACGACCCCAUUUCGACCAGCACCAUCCUUCCGACCACUGCGGGGCCCACAAGCACAGUGACUGCGCCAUCUUUAGUGCAACCAACCACCCCAGACCUUCCUGCCUCCGCUGUCACAAGCGUCGUAUCCAUCUUCCUUUUAACCUUAGCCGGUAUAGCUCAUUUUAUUCUAUAAGUUACCAUUUUUAAACUUUACGAAUUGAGGGAAUUUGUGUCGAAUCCCAAACAUUAGCCGGUAAGCGAAAAAGUUACAGGAUUUUUUUACGCAUUUUUAUAAUAAGACGUUUCAUGUUAAUUUUAUUUAUCCAUUUUAAUAUGGAUUAAGCUGGUUAAGUACUUACUGUGCCUAUGCAUUUGUACGCGUUAAUAGCUCAAUUUUUCGUCCGACUUGUACAUAAAUAAAUAAUUAUAAAUUAUUAAAACUAUUUUUAUAGAA